GAUCCAGAUGUCUUCCCAGAGGCUGACGCGUUCAAACCUCGGCGCUGGAUUGAUGGCCAAGGUAGCCUAAGAGACGAUAUCAAAUCGUUUGUCUUCGGGUUUGGUCGGCGAUCGGUGUUGAUAACUGCUGUCCUUAUUCUUUGGGCCUUCAAGGUCACUCUGGAUCCUACGAAGCCAUUUGAGGACAUGGGGCUCAUGGGCAGAUCGAUGCUAGAUGUUCGGCCGCACAAAUUUGAGUUUGAGAAGAAGAUUCCGGAAAUGGAGCUCAGGCGCAUGAUGCAGGAUUAUCCUGAAGUUGCAUGA